AUGAUAAAGGACCCAAAUACCAUCACUCAAAAUGAAGUGGAGAGUAAACCCAUUGCCUCCAAACGUCCAAUCAAUAAGAGAUUCCUUUUGUUCAAGAUAGACUUGUUUGUGUUAUCAUUUGUUUGCCUACAAUACUGGAUCAACUAUGUGGAUCGUGUCGGUUUUACCAACGCAUAUAUAUCUGGUAUGAAGGAAGAUCUUAACAUGGUGGGAAAUGACUUGACUGUAUCCAACACAAUCUUCAUGAUUGGUUAUAUCGUCGGUAUGAUUCCUAAUAACCUGAUCUUAUUGUGUGUUCCACCUAGAAUAUGGCUGAGUUUUUGCACGUUUGCUUGGGGGCUGUUGACCUUGGGAAUGUACCGUGUUACAUCGUUUAAACAGAUUUGCGUCAUUAGAUUCUUCCAGGCCUUAUUUGAAAGUUGUACGUUUUCUGGGACACAUUUUGUUUUGGGUUCGUGGUACAAAGAAGCUGAGCUGCCAAUAAGAAGUGCAAUUUUCACUGGUAGUGGUUUAGUGGGUUCUAUGUUCAGUGGAUUUAUGCAAACAAGUAUUUUUACUCAUAUGAACGGUCAGAACGGUUUAGCUGGUUGGAGAUGGUUAUUUAUCAUUGAUUUUUGUAUCACAUUACCUAUUGCGAUUUAUGGAUUUAUUUUUUUUCCAGGUUUGCCUGAUCAAGCAAGUGCUCUCAACAAGUUUUCCAUGACAAGAUAUAUCUUUAAUGAGCAAGAACUACAUUACGCCAGAAGAAGACUCCCAGCUAGAGACGAAAGCACCAGAUUAGAUUGGUCAACCAUCCCUAGGGUUCUAAAAAGAUGGCACUGGUGGAUGUUUUCUCUCGUGUGGAUUCUUGGAGGUGAAAAUCUUGGUUUCGCAUCUAAUUCUACAUUUGCAUUAUGGUUGCAAAAUCAAAAGUAUACACUAGCGCAAAGGAACAAUUAUCCUUCGGGCAUAUAUGCUGUGGGUAUAGUUUCUACACUUUGUUCCGCUGUAUAUAUGAGUAAAGUUCCAAAAGCAAGACCUUGGCAUGUCUCCGCCUUCAUAUCCUUAGUCAUGAUUAUUGUUGCAAUACUAAUACGUGCCAAUCCACUGGAUCCAAAAAUCGUUUUUUCUGCGCAGUACCUUGGAGGCGUUGCAUAUGCUGGACAGGCAGUCUUUUUUUCAUGGGCCAAUAUUGUUUGUCAUGCAGAUCUCCAAGAACGUGCUAUUGUUCUUGCUUCAAUGAAUAUGUUUUCAGGGGCAGUCAACGCUUGGUGGUCGAUAUUAUUCUUUUCUUCAGAUAUGGUACCUAAGUUCGAGAGAGGCUGCUAUGCCCUUUUGGCCACAGCAAUAUCAAGCGGUGUGGUAUCAGUCGUCAUACGUUCACUACAGAUAAGAGAGAAUCUAGCCAAGAAACCUGUUUCUUACAUAGAUGCUAAUGACAUGCCCGGAGAAGACGAGGAGGAGGAGGAGAACCUGGAUGAAGAAGGUGACGAAAAUGAUGGUGAUGAAGAAAUGGCCGAAGUCUCAAAUCCUUUUCGUUAG